GCAAUACGGAUCACACCGGGUUUUCCUAGUUGCCUCACUAUUUAGAAGUCUCUAGCGGGCGUCACGGCGCGGUAAAAGCUGAAUAGCGCAUCUCGGUAGAACUCGGGCGGGAGUCAGACAGCCAAAGCUUCCGGUGUCUCCCGGCUCAGUUAGUUGAUCUUCAACAGUUCUCAGGUGCACACGCGCUUCAUUAUAACAUCUAAUCGUUCUGUGAAACACCUGUAUAUCGAGUGGACAUUAUAGCUUACUUGUUGAUACUUAUUGUACAGAAAAGCGCCCCGCGUACAGAAGGCAAUUCGUGCAAUCGAUCGUGAUCAGGCAACAACAAUAACAUCAACCCCGGGUUGCAGAUUAAGAGAUUCGCGGUGACUUAUCCACUUCGGACGAGCCAACGGUGGAGAUUGGCGGUUGCAUUUGGAUUUCGGAUCGAAGAUGAAACGAGAGCAAUGGAAGGAAGUUUUGAAGGAGAACAUGCUGACCCUUUUCACGAUUGUGGGUGUGGUUGUUGGUGUAGUUUUGGGGAUAGGAUUACGUGAAGUUCCGGAUGAAGGCGAAUCGUGGGCUCCACGUGAUGUGGCUUAUAUCAAUUUCGUGGGUGACAUCUUUCUGCGGAUGCUGAAAGCUCUCAUAUUACCGUUGAUUGUUACGUCUUUGAUUGCUGCCGUUGGAUCGCUGGAUUUAUCUCUGUCAGGGAAAAUUGGAGGUCGGGCGGUGCUUUACUAUGUGCUUACUACUGUUAUGGCCGUUAUACUUGGUAUUGUACUGGUAGUGACGAUUCAGCCGGGCAAGGGAGCUGAAGAGACCAGUGGAGAUUCUCAAGGUGCUAUUCGCAAUGUAACUACGGCUGACACCAUGCUUGAUCUCGUUCGAAAUAUGUUCCCGCCCAAUUUGGUCCAGGCAUGCCUUCAACAGUACCAAACAGUUCUAACACCACCCAAAAGCAAUCCCAACGAACCGGACAUAAGUCUGUGGACCGUGGGGGGAAAAUUCAAUGAUGGAAUGAACAUCAUCGGUUUAGUCGUUGCUUCAAUUGUUUUUGGAAUAGCCCUUGGAGCUUUGAAAGAGGAAUCGAGUUUGGUAUUACAAUUUUUCCAACAACUGUCUCACACUGUGAUGAAGGUCACUGGUUGGGUGAUAUGGUUAUCUCCCAUCGGUGUUCUGUUUCUGAUCACUGCAAAGCUUCUGGAAAUGGAAGAUUUGGGCGAAGUUUUCUCCAAACUUGGUCUUUAUUUUGCCGUCGUUGCCGGUGGUAUUAUGUUCCAUGGCUUUGUGGUACUGCCGCUUAUUUACUUUUUGUUCCUCCGGAAAAAUCCAGUCCGUUUUGUGGCCAACAUGGGGCAGGCAAUUGCGACGGCCUUCGGAACGGCAUCCAGCUCGGCUACGCUUCCCGUCACGAUGCAAUGUCUCGAAGAGAAGAACCACAUCGAUCCAAGGGUUUCCAGAUUCGUGUUGCCGAUCGGGGCCACGAUAAACAUGGACGGAACCGCACUUUAUGAAGCCGUUGCAGCCAUAUUUAUUGCACAGUUGAGAGGACUAUCGCUAACGUUUGGCAAUAUUGUGGCCAUCAGCAUAACGGCAACGGCGGCCAGCAUCGGUGCUGCCGGAAUACCGCAAGCUGGUCUCGUCACCCUGGUUAUGGUUCUGGACACGGUCAAUCUACCGGCCGAAGAUGUAUCGCUGAUCAUUGCAGUUGAUUGGUUACUCGAUCGGUUUCGAACAGUGGUCAAUGUGCUGGGAGACAGUUUUGGUGCCGCAAUUGUUGCUCAUUACAGCCGCAAGGAGUUGGAGAAGUUAUCCAACAACAGUGAAACCGUACCCGAUUUGAAUGGAAAAUCGCAGCGAAAUUCUCUAGGCCAUAGUGCCGAAACCAUUAUGUUUGAGGAGAGAUUAUAACGUGAAGAUAUUAGUAUGUAACAGUAUUAAAAAGUAUUUAUACAAGAUUAAA